AUGACGGACUCCACGAUGCAGGUGGAUAACCCCCAGGAAACUGUGGAGAUGAUCAAGCAGGGGGAGAUCGACGAGUCCUUGUACAGCCGGCAGCUGUACGUGCUUGGUCAUGAGGCUAUGAAGCGUAUGGGAUCAUCCAAUGUUCUUGUUGUGGGCUUGAAGGGUCUGGGUGUGGAAAUCGCCAAAAACAUUGCCCUCGCCGGUGUCAAGUCCCUCACAUUGUACGAUCCUGCUCCUGUCGCCAUUUCGGACCUGUCCUCCCAGUUCUUCCUUCAACCUCAAGAUGUCGGCAAACCCCGUGCCGAAGUGACGGCCCCGAAAGUUGCGGAAUUGAAUUCAUACGUUCCGGUCACGGUUCACGAGGGCGACAGCAUUGCAAUUCUGGCUAUUGCAGACUUCUGUCACAAGAACGGCAUUUACCUGACCAUCGCGGACACAUUCGGUCUAUUCGGCUACCUCUUCAACGACUUCGGCAAGAACUUCACCAUCGGAGACGCUACGGGCGAGGAGGCCGUCGGCGGCAUCGUGGCUAGCAUUGAUGAGACUGGCCUGGUCUCCGCCCUGGAUGAGACUCGACACGGCCUGGAGGAUGGCGAUUUUGUGACAUUCACCGAGGUAAAGGGUAUGGAGGGUUUGAACAACUCCGCCCCUCGGAAAAUCACCGUCAAGGGCCCCUACACGUUCUCUAUUGGUGACGUCGCCGGACUCGGGACGUACAAGGAAGGCGGCUUGUAUACCCAGGUCAAAAUGCCCAAGUUUGUGGAUUUCCAGUCGCUCGACGAGCAACUUAAGAAGCCUGAGCUUGUCAUCUCGGACUUUGCCAAGUUUGAUCGGCCACAGCAGUUGCAUAUUGGUGUUCAGGCACUCCAUAAGUUCGCGCAGGCCCACGAUGGGCAGCUUCCUCGUCCUCACAACGAGACCGAUGCUGAAGAGGUUCUCAAACUCUCCAACGAUUUGGCGUCGAGCCAGGAAGAGAAGGUCGAAUUGGAUGAGAAAAUCAUCAAGGAACUCAGCUACCAGGCUCGUGGUGACUUGAACCCCUUGGCGGCAUUCUUUGGCGGCAUUGCGGCACAGGAGGUUCUGAAGGCUGUUUCUGGAAAAUUCAGCCCUGUCCAACAAUGGCUCUACUUGGACUCUCUGGAGUCCCUUCCUGCCUCAAUCACUAGAUCUGAGGAGAGCUGCAAGCCUUUGGGAAGCCGCUAUGACGGCCAAAUUGCCGUCUUUGGUAAGGAAUACCAGGAGAAGAUCUCCAACGUUACCCAGUUCCUUGUUGGAGCCGGAGCUAUUGGAUGUGAGACCCUGAAAAACUGGGCCAUGAUUGGUCUUGGAACUGGUCCCAAGGGCAAGAUCUAUGUCACCGACAUGGAUCAAAUCGAGAAGAGCAAUCUUAACCGACAGUUUCUGUUCCGCACGAGAGACGUGGGUAAACUGAAGAGUGAGUGCGCCUCCGCUGCGGUCCAGGCCAUGAACCCCGAAUUGGAGGGCAAGAUUGUCACCUUGCGGGACCGAGUUGGGCCCGAUACCGAGCACAUCUUCAACGAGGACUUCUGGGAAGGACUCGACGGAGUGACCAACGCUCUGGACAAUGUCGAUGCGAGAACCUACGUUGAUCGCCGUUGUGUUUUCUUCCGGAAGCCCCUCCUUGAGAGCGGCACUCUCGGUACCAAAGGCAACACCCAGGUGGUCCUUCCGCAUAUCACGGAAUCCUACUCGAGCUCGCAGGAUCCCCCCGAGAAGACAUUCCCGAUGUGCACGCUGAAGAGUUUCCCCAACCGGAUCGAGCACACUAUCGCUUGGGCCAGGGACCUCUUCCAGACAUACUUCGUCGGACCACCCGAGUCUGUCAACAUGUACCUGUCCCAGCCGAAUUACAUCGAACAGACCCUCAAACAGGCCGGCAACGAGAAGCAAACCCUGGAUCAGCUGCACGAAUUCUUGGUGGCUGACAAGCCAUUGACCUUCGAUGACUGCAUUGUUUGGGCCCGUAACCAGUUCGAGGCCCAGUACAACAACGCAAUCCAGCAGUUGCUUUACAACUUCCCUCGGGAUUCGAAGACCUCGUCUGGUCAGCCCUUCUGGUCUGGACCCAAGCGUGCUCCUUCGCCCCUGAAGUUUGACGCUACGAACCCGACUCACCUCGGGUUUGUUAUCGCCGGAGCAAACCUCCAUGCCUUCAACUACGGCAUCAAAAACCCCGGUGCCGACAAGGAGUACUACCGCAAGGUCGUUGACAACAUCAUCAUCCCCGAGUUUUCUCCGAAAUCUGGCGUGAAGAUCCAGGCCAACGAGAAUGAUCCCGAUCCGAACGCCCAGGCUUCCGGAUCCUCUUUCGAUGACAAUAAGGAAAUCCAGCGCCUGGUCGAGUCUCUGCCCGCGCCGAACUCGCUUGCCGGCUUCCGCCUGACCCCGGUGGAGUUCGAAAAGGACGACGAUACCAACCAUCACAUUGACUUCAUCACUGCGGCCAGCAACCUUCGUGCCGACAACUACGAUAUUCCUCAGGCCGACCGCCACAAGACCAAGUUCAUUGCGGGCAAGAUUAUUCCUGCCAUCGCCACCACGACUGCGCUGGUUACUGGACUGGUUGCCUUGGAGCUGUACAAGAUCAUCGACGGCCAGGAUGACAUCGAGAAAUACAAGAACGGCUUUGUCAACCUUGCGCUGCCGUUCGUUGGCUUCAGUGAACCCAUUGCCAGUCCCAAGGGCAAGUACCAGGGCAAGGAUGGUGAAAAGACCAUCGAUCAGCUUUGGGAUCGCUUUGAGGUGGAUGACAUCCCCCUCAAGGACUUCCUUCAGUAUUUCUCCGACCUUGGGUUAGAAAUCAGCAUGGUGAGCUCCGGAGUGAGCUUGCUAUACGCGAGCUUCUAUCCCCCGUCGAAGGUUAAGGACCGCCUUCCGCUGCCGAUGAGCAAAUUGGUGGAGCACGUCAGCAAAAAGCCUGUGCCGGAGCACCAGCGGAACAUCAUCUUCGAGGUGACUGCCGAAGAUCAGACGGAGGAGGAUGUGGAGAUUCCAUAUGUGAUGGUUAAGCUGAGGAAGCCUAUACCUCCUGCUAUUUAUACUCGUGGUGAUUUCUUCCUGCCCCUCAUCUCUCAUGUUUCUUGCCCUCCGCCGUCUCCAGCAGUCCUCCCGCCACAUCUUGCCCCUCAACACCACCGCGGGAUCAACUAUAUAUUAACUCUCAAUGAUCUAUCUCAGACCGGAAACACUCACAAAAUCACCGACUGGGUCAAUCCCAAUGACAAGUCCGGUGAAUUCAAGCGUCAGCAGUCCGUCUUCCGGAACUGGAUCUCCAGAGAGCCCGGCGCGGACUUUCCCCCGGAGAAGGAUCGUUACCAUCUCUAUGUCUCGUACGCCUGUCCCUGGGCCCACCGAACAUUGAUCACGCGAAAGCUCAAGGGCCUGGAGGACAUCAUCUCGUUCACGUCGGUGCAUUGGCAUUUGGCUGAGAAAGGUUGGCGCUUCGCAACCCCGGAGGAGAGCUUGCCUGGCGAGAACGCGGUUCCGGAUCCUUUGCAUCCGCAGUAUACGCAUCUGCGCGAGAUCUACUUCUCCAAUGACCCGGAGUACACGGGGCGAUUCACGGUCCCCGUCCUCUUCGACAAGAAGACCCAGCGCAUCGUGAGCAACGAGAGCGCCGAGAUCAUCCGCAUGCUCUACUACGAGUUCGACGACCUCCUCCCCGCGCAAUACAAAGCCGUCGACCUCUUCCCCAGCGCCCUGCGCGCCGAGAUCGACGCCACAAACGACUGGACCUACAACGAGGUCAACAACGGCGUAUACAAGUCCGGUUUCGCGACCACGCAAGAAGCCUACGAGAAGGCCGUGACCACGCUGUUCGCCUCGCUCGACAGGAUCGAGGCCCAUUUGGCCGCGUCCCAGCGCGCCGGCAACCCCUUCUACUUCGGCUCGUCGAUCACCGAGAUCGAUAUCCGGCUGUUCACAACCAUUGUCCGCUUCGACCCCGUCUACGUGCAGCACUUCAAGUGCAAUCUGCGGGACAUCCGCUCGGGGUACCCGGCGCUGCAUCGCUGGUUGAGAACCCUGUACUGGGACGUGCCGGCCUUCCGGGACACGACUCAGUUCGAACACAUCAAGAAGCAUUAUACGAAGAGUCAUAAGCAGAUCAAUCCGUUUGGAAUCACUCCUGUCGGACCGGUGCCGGAUAUUCUUCCGAAGGACGAGGAGGUUAGGGCUGUUGCUGCGGCUAAGAAUUGA